UGGGGAGCUGCAGGUGCCGGGCGGCUCGCUGCCCGACCUCACCGCGCUGCACUACCCGCCACACGCAGUGCACGCAGCGCACUACCUGCCGCACCGGACCUUGCCGGACUACCACCCUAGAUAUAGUCCCAGUUCCCCGGGCGGCGGCAGCGUGUCCCCGGCGACGGGCGGUCUGUCGCCGGCGUCGGGGUCGCCGGUGGGCGCCACCGUGCCCACACCGACGCCGGCCCUGCGCACGCACGACCACUACGACGCACAGGUCAGUGCGCACAGGCACAGAGACUACACGCACUACAGAGAUCCAGCGGCAACGAAUCACUUAUCUGUACCAAACACAAAUAAUUACCUUCAUCAUAAUAAGAACAUGUCCCCACUGGACCACACGUGGAUGACGUCAGGUUACCAGUCACACUGCAGUCCACCCUCACAAUAUUCCUCAACGUCGAAUAUAAACAUACCAUCGCCGACUAUGCACAGUCCGGGCAGUCCGGUGGAGUCACCGCAGACGGACUACAACAAUUUACACCAAGCGCUGUUGCAGCCUUUUGAACAAAUCACUAUGUUAGACCCUCCGACAUCGAGUUACAACACGAGUUACAUCAACCACAGUUCACCGCACUCGCCGCAGACGACGAAUUCACAACUCACAUAUUCACAGGCGUCGCACGUACAGCACGUCCAGCAUGUACAACACGGGCAACACGUGCAGCACGCGCAACACGUGCAGCACGAGACGCGGCGCGCGCGCGACCCCGUGCCGGGCGGCGGUGGAUACCCCCCGCUGCCGCUCGCCUCGCCCUCCGCACCCACCGGACCCGCCACGCCCGCCAGCAUACCCGACAUCAUACUCACAGAUUAUUCGGGUGAACUAGAUGCGGGCAUAUUUGGCGGAGAAGAAGCGCAAUUGCGAGCCGGCCUAGACCUAGACGACCUCAACUUGCUGGAGGAGCCUAGUGCGCUGCUGCCGGACUCUUCGGUCGAGCAUGAGUUCCGAUUGGACCGCUUGUAGUAGUGCGCUCCCGCUCUCGCAUGCGGCGUCUCCGAUCGCGCCCUCUCGCUCGCACGUUAGCGCGCGGGAAGGCCGACCGGGGACGGUGGAAGCUACGACAGAUCGCCGCCGCGCUCGACAUCGGGCGCGACGCGAGACUCCCUAUACUUCAUGACAAUUUUCUAUCUUUUCAAGUCUGAGUUAGUGAAUAUAGUAUUCGAUGUAACCGUCGUCGUGUAGUCGUCAGGUGUGAGGUGCGCGUGCGCAGUGACGGACUACGGCGCGGCUCACACACAUUCCCAGCGUCCGGACUCGGCCUGAACUCUCUUGUCUGCCGCACUCCAAGUGUUUCUAUGUGCUUUUAAACGAACCUUUUACUCAUCAUUUUAAAAUAUGUAAAAAAAGUUACUUUCUCUAGUUUAGAUUUUUUUAACGAUAACGAUCUAUCGAUCCUUCGACGAUUUAUGUACAGCGUUAAGUGAUAAUUUUUUUUUAAUUAAGAUUUGUGAAUAUGUACUCGAAUAUCAAUGAAAAGUACGAUUUUGAAUCGUACAAUUAUUUCUUUACGCGAGUUUAUCGCUCCUUUCUAUUGUAAAUACAAACUCGAAAGUGUUCACUUUAUAAAAUUGCAUUUAAAUAGCUAAUGUUGCAUCUAGUGUAAUGGCGCCCGACCGGACACGUCCGGGCGAGGCUUUUCUUUAAAUAUUUUCUAUUUGAAAUUUUUCAAUUCCAUCUUACAGAAAGGAUACAAUGAGACAAUUUUCGCUGACAUCAUUAUACAUGAUUAAGUUACAUACUACUGUAAUAUUUCAAAUAUUACUUUUGUUAAUUGUCCUCUUUAAAUAAAAAUAUACGAAGAUUAUAAAUGUUUUAUAAUUUUUUUUAAUAAACAAAUAAGUUCAAAAAAUAAAGAAAUGUUGAAAUGACGAUUGCAGUAUACAACUUUCUUAAAGUUUUCGAUUUUUAAUGAGAUGCAAAGAUUUAAUUCUAGAAUAUUCUAAAUAUUAUUUUUUUCUAUUUUUUUUACAAUCAUUUAA